AUGCGUUUGUAUGGUGAUUGCUACCUUCGCUUGCCUCAAGAACAUCUAGAGUUGCUGGUUACGUUACCAUCAGUACAGUUCAGCUGCCGUGCACUUUUACAAGAAACGAAGACGAAGGCUAGCAAAAUGAGCAAGACUGAGGACAGCGAUGGUUUGUAACUAGCUUGUAACUAAUCAUUUUGUAUUCGCUCUUUGUCUUCCUUGAACUACUGACGGAAAUUAAAAAUUGCGUACAACGUUAACGACUAGCCGGAGGCAAAAUGUCACUCCAGGAAUUCAAAAUUUCUUUACCGUGAAACUAUAUCAUGACUAAUGUCAAAAUAUAACCCUAGACACCGCAUAAUUUCCAAAGUUAAAAUUAAUUAAUGUAUGAAAGCUGUACAGCUUAUAAAAAGCUAUAAAGCACUCUGGUUUCGUUGCACUCUGACAAAAGCACUGAUGAAGGAUUAUAGCUCAGUAAAACAAGUCUUUUACCUCGUCUUGAAUCAGCUAAGAUUUCAGUUCAAAUUCUCUGUUUUUCAAAUAUCGACCGUAAGUCUAUGAGCGAGGUCCCUAUUCUAGUUUCGAAUUUCGAGAGACAGAGGUCCACUGUUAAUCUAAUAAAUCGUUAACCGACGUUUUCUUUUGUUCUUGAAUUAAAAAUAAGAGAACUAGACAUAGUUUUAUUGUCCAUAACAUUAGCGAUGGCUAAAGGAGUAACUUAGGGGAAAAGCAAAUUUAAAACAGAGGGUGAAUUUGAUAUUGGCCGAUAUAUACACAGUGUAUACACAGCUGCUGUACAUCAUUGAAUAUGUUUCUAGGAAAAACAGGAAGUCUUUGAUGUCAAACAUAUGUAGAUUUGAACAAACCUAAAAGCGGGGCUCCCAUCCGAACACAGGAAAUCGAGAUUAUAACACAUAAUGGAAGUCAGAGUUAGAUNCGGAAAUUAAAAAUUGCGUACAACGUUAACGACUAGCCGGAGGCAAAAUGUCACUCCAGGAAUUCAAAAUUUCUUUACCGUGAAACUAUAUCAUGACUAAUGUCAAAAUAUAACCCUAGACACCGCAUAAUUUCCAAAGUUAAAAUUAAUUAAUGUAUGAAAGCUGUACAGCUUAUAAAAAGCUAUAAAGCACUCUGGUUUCGUUGCACUCUGACAAAAGCACUGAUGAAGGAUUAUAGCUCAGUAAAACAAGUCUUUUACCUCGUCUUGAAUCAGCUAAGAUUUCAGUUCAAAUUCUCUGUUUUUCAAAUAUCGACCGUAAGUCUAUGAGCGAGGUCCCUAUUCUAGUUUCGAAUUUCGAGAGACAGAGGUCCACUGUUAAUCUAAUAAAUCGUUAACCGACGUUUUCUUUUGUUCUUGAAUUAAAAAUAAGAGAACUAGACAUAGUUUUAUUGUCCAUAACAUUAGCGAUGGCUAAAGGAGUAACUUAGGGGAAAAGCAAAUUUAAAACAGAGGGUGAAUUUGAUAUUGGCCGAUAUAUACACAGUGUAUACACAGCUGCUGUACAUCAUUGAAUAUGUUUCUAGGAAAAACAGGAAGUCUUUGAUGUCAAACAUAUGUAGAUUUGAACAAACCUAAAAGCGGGGCUCCCAUCCGAACACAGGAAAUCGAGAUUAUAACACAUAAUGGAAGUCAGAGUUAGAUAAUACUGAAGAUGAAUAAAGACUAAGCUAUGAACACAUCAAAUCAUCAAAUGAGAAUGAUGAAUUUUUGUAAAAAGCAACAGGUCUUGAUACUAUCUCUGCUAAAAUAAUACGUGAAUGUGCCGAUCUGAUUUCAGUUUCUCCAUGUGAUCUCUUUAAUAAAUCUUUGCUCUCUGGUAUAUUUCCUGACAACUGGAAAUGUGCUAGGGUUACUCCGUUGUUUAAGAAAGGUGAGGCAUCUGAUCUAAAUAAUUAUCGACCUAUUUCAGCCAUUUCCGUUAUAGCUACAGUGUUCGAAAAGAUUGUUUAUGAACAAUUGUAUAAUUUUUUGAGCAACGAAGAUAUCAUGAUUUCUACACAUCAAUCGGGUUUUCGCUCUUUACACUCAACUGUAACUGUUCUCCUUGAAGCUACUGAUAACUGGGCCUUUAAUAUCGAUCGUGGUAAUGUUAAUGCUGUGGUUUUUCAUGAUUUAAAAAAGGCAUUUGACACUGUUGAUCAUAAUAUCCUUUUAACUAAAAUGAACCUUUACAGAAUACAAGGAAUUGCUGUCGAUUGGUUUAGAUCGUAUUUGACAAAUCGUACACAACGAUGUCUCGUUAAUGCACCCCUUCCUAGAAUCUGUUCUCUUAACUGCGGGGUACCGCAGGGAACAAUAUUUGGUCCCCUUUUAUUUCAACGAUUUGCCAAACUGCCUAACUUCAUGCCUGCCUAGGAUGUAUGCUGAUGACACCCACACAUCACUUAUGCAGAUGUUGAUGUGAAUUCAAUACAGCUAAAUUUGAAUCACGAUUUAGGUAAUCUAAAAAAAUGGCUUAUUUCCAACAAACUUAGUCUGAACUCUGCUAAAACUGAAAUUAUGCUAAUUGGAUCAAGA